UUCACCCCGAGAUUGUAUCUGCAGACUUUCGAACAAGGGCUCGUGUGCGUGUGCAAGCUAGAAACAUGGAGGUCGUGCUACUUCUUUCACUCUGUAUUACAGCUGUAUGUGCUUCCGGCAGCCUCCCUCAAGAACUAUGGAAUUACAACCCUGAUUCGCCUUUUGGUCCUGCUGGCUGGGGCAACAUUUCUGGCUUUGAGACGUGCGGCAAUGGAACAGACCAGUCACCAAUCAACAUCCCAAAAGCCAGCGCAGUAUAUAUGACCUACCCCGCACUCAAUGUUACGAGCACACCAUCUAAUGCAAGCUUUUAUUUCUACGCCAAUCUAGCGGACCCUGUGCUCCUAACAAAAGUGGACAUCACUGGUGGCCCACUAGGUUCGAAGCAAUACCGUAUCGAUAAUUUCCACAUCCAUUUUGGAAACUCUACGCUCAUGUCAUCCGAGCAUUCAGUAGAUGGUGCAAGAACAGCUGGUGAGCUCCACGUCGUAUUUUUCAAUUCCAGAUACUCGUCUUUAAAAAGAGCUUUGGCCAGUGGAGACGGUGACGCAGAGGCUGUCAUUAGCAUUCUGUUCAAUGUUGCAUCAAACGCUUCCAGUGCACACCCAGGCCUGGAGACGAUUUUACGCCAUUUCUCCACCUCGGCUGUUUCAGAGUUCGGUGAUAUACACUCCAUCGACUUCGCCACACUGCUGAGGCCUUCGGACCUCACAUCAUUCUACACAUACGAGGGAUCACAGGCUACGCCAAGGUGUAAUGAGCAGGUUAUAUGGAUGGUCAUGAGCCAAGUACAGUAUGUCCUACCAGCAUCGGUACGUCUUCCAAUGUAUGGCUCGCUGAAUGCAGUGUGA